AUGAUUCUCCGAAUAACGAUACUUUCAUUUCUCGUCGUCACCCUGAAAGCGUCAAGUUGUGGAGCAUUAUCAGGUGGAAAUCAGGAAUGUGUCAGUCAUAUGAUGAUCACCGUAGAUGGUUCGGGAUCAAUGCCUGAUCCCAAUUCUGUUUUACAGAUCCUCAACUUUCUCAAUAGUACUUUAAUGACGAAAUGGGCCUACAGCGCAAAGAAAACUCAAUUCUCCUAUUCAUUAUAUGGUCUCGUUGAGCGCACAAAUCUUACCUGCAAGGGUUACAACACAGCCGGUCAAUCCGAUCCGGAACUCGUUUGUACCGCUUUGUCUCAAUUGAGAGAUUCGUACAAUCGUGGAGUCAAUGCACCGAUUACACUCUUUGACAUCACCACCGACAUCUACAAUUGCACGAUAAAAGAGGAGGUUCGCGUCUACGAUUUAGUCAUCAUAUUCACGGCGAAUAGCAAUCUCGGUGACAUCCAGAACUCGGCCUGGUUUGCUGCUGAGCAACCGACAAUUGUUGUCAAUUUGGGUACUGGGGAUUUCAGCUCCUGGGUGGCGAAAUCGGCAAGAACGACGAUUUUGUGCAACGGAAUGACGCUUAAUGACGAUUUGGCGAAUCGAAUUCUUUCGGCACAAUGCUCGGGGAUUAAUGGCAUGGACCAGUGCAACGUUGUGGACAAUUCGACAACCGUUCGCCCAUCACAAGUCACCGCUUUGCCAACAGUUCCCGAUGAUCAAGCCUCGCUAUGCGAUUGUGAUAUCACGAAAUCGUGGAAUGAUAUUAUGAUUCUCGCCGAUGCAUCGUCAGCUAUGGGAUUGGAUCGAUUCCAUGAGCUCCAAGCUUUCGUCCAAUCGGCCCUUUCUCAAGCGACAAUGGGAGCCAACAAUUAUCAGACACAAGUCGGCGUCAUCACUUAUAACACCGGGGCAACAAUGGUCGCGAAUUUGGAUAAAUACAAAAAUAUUGACGAUUUUCUGUUUGAUGAUUGGGGCAAAACCGGAAGCGCUGACACGAAUAUUUUGGGUGCUGUUGACCUGGCUAUUGACACCCUCGAGUCGCCAAAACAUCGCCCGAAAUCAAGAAAAGUGAUGAUCAUUGGAGCGAGCACUUAUCGUGAGGGCAAUUAUGAAUUCCCGCAAAACCAGACGCUCACUUUCAAGCGAAAUUUCGGCGUGAUCAUCGUGAUUGGCUAUGGAGAUAUCCACGGAAUGGGCACCGAAGUGCUCAAACAAAUGGCUUCCGAUGGAUUUUACAUUGAUGCAACUCCAGGGCAAUUCCCUGACUUCAAACAACUCACCAAGAUGAUUUGUGAUGCUAAUUGCUUCUGCCCUGGCCAACAACAAGACGGAUAUUUCCCGGUCGUGAGAGACGGGGAAUCGUGGCCGUCACAGGGAUGUUAUUGGGACUCAACCCUCACCGCCAUUCAACCGCUCGUCAAUCGCACCUGUUCGACGCUCGUUUCAGCCGCUGGUGUCACGGCCAUGCCAAACACGAUCAUAAAACAGAGGUCACUCAUUGGCGGAGCUGCUCAAAAUCUAACAAAGCCUGCUUUCUUUAUUGGUCUUCAACGAGUAGCAAAUGUUUGGAAAUGGGAUGAUGGGACGGCUUAUGAAGGUGGCGAUAUUUAUGGAGCUGGUGACUGCUCUACGCUCAGACAGGGAUCUGGCUUCAACACGAAUAUCACCGCUGUGGAUUGUCACGAGGGAUACUAUUACGCUUGUCAAACGAAACCCUGCACCUCCAGCUACUAUUGUGAA